AUGCCAUUUGGGUGCCUUGCCCUGCGAGAUGGGCGGACUUACGAUAGCAUGUCUGAUGUCACGGACAAAUAUGAGAUUGGACAAGUCCUCCGAGCGAAGGAGUUCUGCGAGCUGUGCCUGGCUAAGGACAGACAAACAGACAAGGUGUUUGUCUGCAAGAAAUUCCUCAAGAAAGACGGCAGGAAAGUCCGCAAGGCUGCCAAGAACGAAAUCAUGAUCCUGAAACUGGUCAACCAUCCAAACAUCCUUCAGCUGAUAGAUACAUUUGAGACUCGGAAAGAAUACUUCAUCAUCCAGGAACUCGCCACGGGAGGAGAUGUAUUCGACUGGAUUCUGGACCAAGGGAAUUACACUGAAAGAGAUGCUUCCAAUGUCAUCAGACAAGUCCUUGAAGCUGUGGCGUACUUGCACUCCCUCAACAUAGUUCACAGGAACCUGAAGCUUGAAAACCUGAUGUACUACACAGAAAACAACCAUAACAAAGUAGUUCUGCGAGAUUUCUACCUGUCCAGAUUUGAGAAUGGACCAAUCACAGACCCAUGUGGAACUCCAGAAUAUCUGGCUCCCGAAGUGGUGGCUCGUCACCGAUAUGGCCGUCCUGUGGACUGCUGGGCUGUGGGUGUCAUCAUGUUUAUACUCUUAUCAGGUAACCCUCCUUUCUAUGACGAAACAGAGGAGGAGAACACAGAUCUACACAAUCGCAUUAUCUUCUGUCGCAUUGUUGCUGGAGACUUUGAGUUUGAUUCUCCUUACUGGGAUGACAUUUCACCUGCAGCUAAAGAGCUUGUCUGUCGACUCAUGGAAGUGGACCAGAUGCUGAGAAUCACAGCACAAGAUGCUCUUUGGCAUGAAUGGAUUGCAGGGAACGGUGCAUCAGAGAAGAACCUGAAGGAUGGUGUGUGUGCUCAGUUUGAGAAGAAUUUUGCAAAGGCCAAAUGGAGGAAAGCGAUCCGUGUCACCACCUUCAUGCAACGACUGAAGAAUUCAGAGGCACUGAUUGACAGUUCAGCCGAGGCUCAGGGCGGUGACGAGGCAGGAGAUGGUGAAGGGGGUGUUUCCCAGGGGACAAGCGAUGAGGGAGAUAAAGGGACAAGUGAUGGAGGGGUGACGUCAAGUAGUGUGUCUUUAGAGGUUACUGUUGAAAAUACGCCAGUAGGUGUGGACCAGGAUGAGGGGACAACUAAGGUAGGAGAAAAACAGGGUGAGGUAAAGAUAGGCCCAUCUGUAGGAGUUUCUCCAUCAGAUGUUCAGGACCCUCUUGGCCAGUCAGCUGCAGCCCCCAAAGUUGUACAGGAGGAGCCUGAUAAGGUCAGUGCGAGGAAAGGAGCAGGUGACGGAACCAGGAAAAUGGCUGCCAAUUUGGGUCAGAACAAAGUUGUUUCAGAAUCCAAACAGAGCCCUGAAACCUCAAAGCUCUUAGACAGUUCAUCAGGCACUAAUGUUGACAAAAAACACACAUCCGCCUCCCCCGACCCCAGCAGCAAGCGCAAAAUGGCUGCAACGCUUCACGGUCCUCCACCAACAGCGUCUGCAAUUGUUUCAACCUCACCAGAGAAGAGACCAGUCACGCAAAGCGAGCAGAAGGACGAGACUGACGGAAGCUGGUGUCAAACACAAGUACCUGAGGCAGUAGCAGAGAGGUCAGUGGCUGUACCAGUCAGUCCAGCAUUGGGUCAUGGAGCUGGAGUGGAUAUGGGACUAGGAGUUAGAUUACGGGGCGAUGCCAGCCCCAGUGGUAGAAGGGAUAGAGAUGCCAGGAGAACAGACAGACACAGCGCUGAGUUUAGCUUAGCCAGGGCAGGUGCUGCACCAGGGCAGGGUUGUUAUACAGUGGGCAGCUCUGCAAGUUUGGGUCGCCAUGCUACACCAUACAGCCCAGAAGUUGGUGCAGUGGGUAUGGGGAUUGCAGGGGGCUACGGGAGUCCAUACAGUACGCUGUACACGACUGGAGGAGGGAUGGGGAUGUACGGGACUGGGCUGCCGCACGGAGGAGGGGGGAGCAGCACUACGAGCGACUGGCAAAUGGACAGUGUGAUCGAGCAGAUAGAAAAGCAAAUGGCUGCCGUGCUGGAGAAGAUCGAAGGAGACAUGCCCUCGCUGCUGGAGCAAAUCAGUGACUGCCCUGCCGAACCACCACGUGCCCGAAGCACGCAUGCCUCUCCCGCCACCUCCCGUGCACGCCCCUCACAGCGAUCCUCAGCCACGACCUCAUCCACUCCUCCGCCACUUCCCACCUCUCCCAGACCUGCACUGCCCUCUCUCCCCCGCCUUACUAUCCCUCCCCCUUCCUAUCCCCCACCCUCUCCGCCCACGCAAACCUCACCCCAGGCUGUGGGAGAGCAGGAAGACAGGGAUGGACAAAGGGGUGCUGCUCAUUCCAGCCAGCCAUCCAGACCUGGGAUGGGUAGGGGGCUAUGA